AUGCUUAGCAGGAGGUGCUUGGCAGCUUUUAGGAAGGGAAUUGCUCGCUCUGUCCGGCCUUGCACAAGGCCUGCCAGCUCUUUAGCUUUCCACGGCUUCCAAAAUGUCCCAGAUUCGACACCUGCAGGAAAAGGGCAUUGGCAAGUUUACCAACAACAAAUCAGUAAUAAUGAGCUCAAUCAGGAGCUUAAAGACCUAGAGGCUCUGUGGCUCAAGCAAAUCACCCUCAAAGAUCAGUUGAAAGAUGACUCCCCUGCAAGUCCUAAAACACCAAAAAGCGAAGAUUCCGAAGAAGGAGAAAUAGAUCGUAAUGACGACACUGGGAAAUCUGACCGCAGUGAUGUGGAAAAUGAGUCUGAUGGCCUUCAGAAGGAAAACGCGUCGGGGCCCGGCUCUGUAUCGGGCUCUGGGAAUGCAAAUGCACCGCCCGGAAAUGACGGCAGUGGAAACGGCAGUGGAAACGGCGAGGACGGAUCAGAGGGAACAUCUGACUUGAAGUCAUCAGCUACCCGAAAACCAAAGCUUCCUGAAGUAUAUCCUCAGAUGUUAGCGCUUCCUAUUUCCAGGCGGCCAUUGUUUCCCGGAUUUUAUAAGGCAGUUGUCAUCUCUGAUGAACGAGUCAUGAAGGCCGUUAAGGAGAUGCUUGAACGCCAGCAGCCGUACAUCGGAGCGUUUCUCCUCAAGGAUUCAAACAUUGACACGGAUGUCAUUCAAGAUACUAAGGAAGUUUACGACGUGGGUGUUUUUGCCCAAAUUACCAGUGCUUUUCCCAGCAAAGAUGAAAAAACGGGCGCUGAAACCAUGACUGCACUAUUGUAUCCACAUAGAAGAAUCAAGAUCGAUGAAUUACUGUCGCCCAUGGGGAACAGGGCUGGUUCUCAGACAAAAGACGCCUCGACAGCUGAACCUGUGUCCAGCACCCAGACACGCCAGGAAGAGUCGAAGCCCGAGAAACAAAUUUCAGAGGUAAGGAAGCAAAAAGUAGAAGAUGGGGAAGAGUUUGACGAUGAACUGAAUCCCACAGAGUUUUUGAAGGAGUAUGACAUUUCACUCGUCAAUGUCUCAAACUUAGAGGACAAGGAAUUUGAUAGAAAAUCCCCUGUUAUUAAUGCCCUGACUUCAGAAAUUUUAAAAGUCUUCAAGGAGAUUUCACAACUAAACACAAUGUUUAGAGAACAAAUCGCCACUUUUUCAGCAUCAAUACAAUCGGCAACUACCAAUAUUUUCGAGGAACCUGCACGCUUGGCUGAUUUCGCUGCUGCUGUUUCAGCCGGAGAGGAGGAGGAGUUGCAAGAAAUUCUACAAUCGUUAGACAUAGAACAGAGGCUAGAAAAAUCGUUAGUUGUGUUGAAGAAAGAGUUGAUGAACGCCGAACUUCAGAACAAAAUUUCAAAGGAUGUUGAAACUAAAAUUCAAAAGCGUCAACGGGAAUACUAUCUAAUGGAACAACUCAAGGGUAUAAAACGGGAGCUUGGGAUUGAUGAUGGUAGAGAUAAGUUAAUCGAGACGUUCAAAAAAAGAGUAGAAAAACUCCAAUUACCAGAAAACGUUCAAAAAAUCUUUGACGAUGAAGUCAACAAACUGGCCACUUUGGAGACUUCUAUGUCAGAAUUUGGGGUCAUUCGCAACUAUUUAGACUGGAUCACAACACUUCCUUGGGGAGUCACUUCUAAGGAACAAUAUUCUAUACCUGUUGCAAAACAAAUAUUGGAUGAAGAUCACUAUGGUUUACAGGAUGUCAAGGACAGAAUUCUGGAGUUUAUCGCUGUUGGAAAGCUUUUAGGGAAAGUCGAUGGUAAGAUAAUCUGCUUCGUUGGCCCCCCUGGGGUGGGAAAAACAUCGAUAGGUAAAUCCAUCGCACGCUCACUCAAUCGCCAGUUUUUCAGAUUUUCAGUGGGUGGUAUGACCGACGUAGCCGAAAUUAAAGGUCAUAGGAGGACUUACAUCGGUGCCCUACCGGGCAGAGUAAUUCAAGCACUGAAGAAGUGCGAGACUCAAAACCCUUUGAUUCUUAUUGAUGAAAUUGAUAAGAUCGGGCACGGGGGAAUCCAUGGAGAUCCUGCCGCAGCGUUAUUAGAGCUCUUGGAUCCUGAACAAAACAACUCCUUUCUGGAUAACUACCUCGAUAUCCCUAUGGAUCUAUCAAAGGUUCUAUUUGUCUGCACUGCAAAUUCAUUGGACACCAUACCCAGGCCCCUUUUAGACAGGAUGGAAGUCAUCGAAUUGACUGGAUACGUGGCUGAAGAAAAGAUAAAAAUCGCAGAGCAGUACCUGUCACCCAGUGCCAAACGCGAUGCUGGACUGGAAAAUGCGCACGUGAACUUGUCUGAGGGUGCGGUCGUUUCAUUAAUGAAACUUUACUGCAGAGAAAGUGGUGUUAGAAAUCUCAAAAAACAUAUUGAAAAGGUUUACAGGAAAGCUGCUCUAAAUGUUGUCAAGCAAAUGAGUAUAGACGAAAAGUCAACUGAACCAGAAGUUGACACAAGUGCUGAAAAGGCCGAGUCUCCGCGAUCUGCAGAGGGUAUAAAUGAUCAGCCGCCUAAGGAUGGUAGUAAGCCUGAGGUCCAAAAGACUCACGAUCGCAAGCAAGCCAUAGUGGUACCCGAUAGUAUACAAAUUCAGAUCGAUUCUGGUAAUUUGAAAGACUACGUUGGUCCGCCAGUGUAUACAUCUGAUAGGCUUUACGAAAUAACACCGCCUGGUGUUGUUAUGGGGCUUGCUUGGACAAGUAUGGGUGGGUGCGCUAUGUAUGUCGAGUCUGUCCUUGAGCAACCUCUCAGUGACAAAUCGCACGCUUCUUUGGAGCGCACCGGACAAUUGGGCGAUGUCAUGAAGGAAUCUUCUCGUCUUGCCUAUUCUUUUGCUAGAAUGUUCCUCACUAAGAAGUUUCCGGAAAACCGCUUUUUUGAGAGGGCGGCCGUUCAUUUACACUGCCCUGAAGGUGCUACGCCUAAAGAUGGCCCAUCAGCAGGCGUAACAAUGGCAUCAUCGUUCUUGUCAUUAGCUUUGGGCAAAUCUUUAAAUCCAACUGUUGCCAUGACCGGUGAGCUGACUUUAACAGGUAAGGUGCUACGAAUCGGUGGAUUACGAGAAAAGGCCGUUGCUGCAAAAAGAUCGGGUGCUACGACAAUUAUAUUCCCUAAGGACAAUCUGAGUGAUUGGGCAGAACUUCCAGAUCACGUCAAAGAAGGGCUUGAACCCUUGGCUGCAGAUUGGUAUGACCAGAUUUUCGAUAAACUUUUUUCUGACGUCUCUCUCGAAACGGGAAACAGUGUCUGGAAACCAGAAUUCGCAAAGAUCGACGCUGCGGAGGUCAAGGCAAAAGAUUGA